CUGAAAAUGGGACAGGCUUAUUAAUAGAGCAACUCAAGUCCUCCAUUGCCUGGUCUUGGACAUACUUCUGACAGCCUGGUUCUUUGUUAUGGUAUUUUUGGUUUACAUUUUACGAGUGCCAUUCAGAUACAGCGACAACCUGACCGCAGCGCCCGGCCCAGCCAUGUUUGGCACAGAGUCCUCAUUAAGCAUGUUUCUGAACACCCUAACCCCCAAGUUCUACGUGGCUCUGACGGGGACCUCCUCCUUGAUAUCUGGACUCAUACUGAUAUUUGAGUGGUGGUACUUCAGGAAGUACGGUACUUCCUUCAUCGAGCAGGUGUCAGUGAGCCACCUGCGCCCUCUGCUGGGCGGCGUGGACAACAGCUCCCCAACCAACUCCAGCACCAGUAACGGAGACGCAGACUCCAACCGACAGAGUGUGUCCGAAUGUAAAGUAUGGCGAAAUCCACUGAAUUUAUUUAGAGGGGCGGAGUAUAACCGGUAUACGUGGGUGACGGGCCGAGAGCCACUCACGUACUACGACAUGAAUCUCUCGGCACAAGACCACCAGACCUUCUUCACAUGUGAUUCGGACCACCUCCGGCCAGCUGACGCCAUAAUGCAGAAAGCGUGGAGAGAGAGGAACCCACAGGCACGCAUCUCUGCCGCACACGAAGCCCUUGAACUAGAGGACUGUGCGACAGCAUACAUCCUGCUGGCAGAGGAGGAGGCUACCACCAUCGUGGAGGCAGAGAAGCUCUUCAAACAGGCCGUGAAGGCAGGAGAAGGUUGCUACAGACGCAGCCAACAGCUUCAACACCACGGAGCGCAGUAUGAGGCACAGCACAGAAGGGACACCAAUGUUCUGGUGUACAUUAAGAGGAGACUGGCCAUGUGUUCUAGAAAGCUGGGACGAACCAGAGAAGCUGUCAAAAUGAUGAGAGACUUAAUGAAGGAGUUCCCUCUCCUCAGUAUGUUCAAUAUCCAUGAGAACCUGCUGGAGUCGCUGCUAGAGCUACAGAACUACGCAGACGUACAGGCCGUACUAGCCAAGUACGACGAUAUUAGUUUACCCAAAUCUGCAACAAUAUGCUACACAGCAGCUUUGCUCAAAGCCAGGGCGGUAUCGGACAAGUUUUCUCCAGAGGCAGCGUCGAGGCGAGGGUUGAGUACAGCAGAGAUGAAUGCUGUAGAAGCCAUACACAGAGCUGUGGAGUUCAACCCACACGUCCCCAAAUACCUGUUAGAAAUGAAAAGUUUAAUACUGCCCCCAGAGCACAUUCUGAAGCGAGGGGACAGUGAGGCCAUAGCCUACGCCUUCUUUCACCUGCAGCACUGGAAGAGGGUGGAGGGGGCCCUUAACCUGCUCCACUGUACCUGGGAGGGCACUUUUAGAAUGAUCCCGUACCCUCUGGAGAAAGGCCACCUCUUCUACCCAUACCCCAUCUGCACCGAGACCGCAGACAGAGAGCUGUUACCAACAGUGUUUCAUGAGGUGUCGGUGUACCCUAAGAAGGAACUGCCAUUCUUCAUCUUGUUCACGGCUGGUCUCUGCUCCUUCACCGCCAUGCUGGCCCUCCUCACACACCAGUUCCCCGAGCUCAUGGGAGUCUUCGCUAAAGCUUUUCUUAGCACCCUGUUUGCUCCUCUGAACUUCAUCAUGGAGAAAGUGGAGAGCAUCCUGCCAUCCAGUCUGUGGCACCAGCUCACACGCAUCUGACAGUGACCAGCCCCGACCGGACUUGACUGACACACUUUGUGCCAAUAUCAUGGAUUAGACGGACAGUGAGGAUGGAUUGGAAGAGAAAGAAGAAAAGGGAAACAUGGCGUUCUGAAUUGCUUUUGACUUUGUUUGAUAUGUUUUCAUUUUGUCUUCAAAUCUCAUGUAAAACCGUUUUUUUGUUGUACAAAAAAAAAGGUGAUCAAUUGUCAUCAUUAAAAAGUGGAAAAAGACAGGACUUUUUGUGUCUUGUCAAGCAUAUCAACAUUUUAAUAAAUAUUGGAUCAUAGCUGGAG